UUGUCAGUGAUGGCAGUGGGGACAGUCUAAAGGAAAUAAGGGGAAGACUGGGAAGAGUUGUUCAAUCAAAGUCCAGACACCUGAGUCACAAGAUGUCACAAGAGACAGACUCAUGCAGAGAUGUCUGUCCGAUCGCGUUUGACCGCCCUUGGCCCAAGUCGUUCUGGGUGCGGUGACGGCGGGUGACGUAUCCGAGUGCAAUGCCGGGCCGUGGCUGUCAGAUCGAGAGCAUGUUUGCAGAGUCUUUAAAGCUGGGAUGCUGUGAAGUUGACGUGACCUUUCUCAAGAAGAGGUCGAAGCAAUUGUGUGGAGCGUGCCGCAAGGUUCCAGUCGAUCCCGAAAUCACCGUCAAGGUGGUCAAUGGUGAAGUGACAGGCCUGGUGUACGAGUGGGACCUGCAGGACAGUUGGCCCAUUCACUUCACCAAGGCGCGGCUUCAGAUUCUAUCUUUUGCCGAGUUGGAAAUCCUCGAGGUCUCCCGGAACAGGACACUGGUUCGGAUGCGGCCGGAAGUGCUUCAAAUGCAAACUGGAUCUCAAACCUGGGAUGACAAGGUCAGUCGCCGAGGUGUGAGCGAGUGGCACAGUGGCGCUGUGGCUGAAACGGUGCUUCCUCCUGGAUUUGAGAUCGAAGAGCUGUUGGUGGUUCACGAGCUGCUGCUGAAACAUUCGCUACAUAAGGCCAUGAAGCAACGGCCUUUUGCGCAGAGGCGCAAAGGCGUUUGGCAACGGCCCAUGCGGGCCAUGCGAAGUUCGCAGGCCUUGGUGUGGCCACACCAGAGUUCUCGAGGUGAUGCGGUCUUUUUGACCGCAGACUUCGAAACCGGAUGAGUUCAGUUGAUUUGAAUAACCUCAUAAUGCUGUAUCUCGUAUCUCCAUCAACUCAGUCUUGGACGCGAUGCUUGGCAAUGGCUUCACAAUGCUUCACAUGCAACAUGACACAGUCGAAAACGAGGCAUCACAGAGCGGGCUGGUGCGGUUUCAUCCGCAGGCCCGAGACAGGUAGGAGGUCUUGGGGUGGUUUGAUUGACUAAGGUGAAGGCAAUGCUCGGACGAACUGAACCCUCGCGAUCUUCGGACGGCAGAGCUUCAGCUGUAAAGCGGAAACGAUGCCAUGAGCUCCAGACCAGCGCGGACUGAG